UGGUUUGAUUUUGCCGUUCCUCAGAGAUUCCGUAGAGGUGUCGUAAAGACGCAAUGCAUUAGUUAAGUAGUUUAAACGUACCUACAGUUUGAUUUCUGUACAUGUAGACGUCGUUGACUUCGAACAGUCGGGGUACGUCUGCGAAAUGUUAGGCGCUAUACGGAGCUAGAAUUGCAGAAAUCGUUGAACAUGUUUUCUGUUGCGCAUCUGUUAUCGCCACAAACGCUUAUGGCGUUAGAGCUCUUGGUGAUAUAGGCACUCGUUUAACUGACUCACAAUACGCCAGCAUUAAUAGAAAACAAACAAUUUGCGAAAAAAGAAGUUAUUACUAUAGAAACUAAUAAUUGAAACUACAAAUGAGAAACUAAUAAUAGUUUCUCGGAGGACUUUUUGCUGACUGGAACUACCGGAAGGUUUAACACAGACUACUUGUCCAUCUUGACAGCCAUAGGCUACGGAUUCUGCUGAUAGUCAUAUGCUGAAUUGCUGAUUAAUAAUCCCAGUAUCCCCAUACCCUAUCGUAAAUAACCGAAAAUUUUGAAUCGUCAUUGAAUGUAUGUUCUGUUUAUGUUGUUUAGUACGCAUUCUGUUUAUGUUUAUUAUUUCACAAUCUGCAUCCUUAUAUGUAUCGGUAUACUUGUAUGUACACAAAACGACCAUAUAAUGAAAUUAGCCGUACACACAACAAUCGCGUUCGAUAGAAUCCAAUAAUCGCUCGAGUCUAUCAACUUUUUUACGGCAACUAUAGUUGCUUGUGGUUAUAAUACUAAUUAUAUUGACAAACGUGUAGUCACGACACCGCAUUGAUAUGAACACGCAGCCAUCUGGCAUUUGAACUUUUUUAUAUUUGCCAACGAGGUUCUCACGCCGUCUUGAACCUCUCGGCCUCCCAUGAGUACCCCUAGUUCAAAUAAUGGUAGUUAUUAUUAUGAUUAAGUAGAUAAAUCAGGCGAACAUAUCGUAACAACUAUCUAUAUUUGUGGGUUACUACGUUGCCAAUAACAAUUGUGCAUAAUGUUAUAUUGAAGUAUAACGGUUCAGCUGUGUCAAAUCCAUGAUAUAUAAUCAGUAAUUUUCCACAUGCUUAGCGGGCUAUUGAAUCAAAUGGUUGAUUUGGCCUAACCUUGAAAGCUAUAUAUGAACCCGAGAGAAACUGCGUUUCCUGUAUGCGUAAGCGUAGUCCGGUACUCAUAUAUUUUAAAUACUGAACAAGUGGCACGUACGCAGCGGGGCAAACGAAAAGUAUGACUAUUUAUUGAUCUCAAAACUAUGGCAUGAUAUUUCAGUCAACUCGGUUGUAUUAUUUAGUUGGAAAAGACUUGUCGGCAAGAGCAGGUGCUGCGGAAGUUCUUCCAUCCCACGAUCGUUUUUUAUAUCAUAUAUAUAUAUAUAUAUAUACCUAUAGAUGUAUUUCUUUUUUCGUUGUUCGAUUUUUCAAUCGAUUUGGUAGCUUUUGCGUUAAUUAUAAAAUGACUCGUCUUGUUGUUUUUAGUAUACUUUUGUUGCAAAGGGCCGGUUGUAUGGCCUGGUAGAUGAUAAUCUAACGUAGUAAUGAACGGGAUGAAGUAAGAAUUCGAGGGACCUACCCCAUAAUAUAACCGUGCGUCUACAGCGUAAAAUUUUUUGAAAUUCUGUUUGUUGAGGUUCUAAAUAAGGUUCUGUGCAAUUUUAAUACUAAAUACACUUUUAUCGUGGUUUGCGAACAGUAUAUACUACUGGCUUCUUUCAGUACAGCGCCCACGCCACAGUACGAAUUAUUUUUUUCUCUCUAUUGCAUAUUCAUCUAGUAAUACGUAGGCAAUAUAUAUUACACAAAAACGCCCAUCUACGCCCCAUAGCCUAGCGCAUAAAUGUGUAAUAGAUUGUACGUAUCAGAAGCUAGUUUCCGAUUGAAUUUCGACUAACUGUUUGAAGCUGUCAACCAUUUACUGGCUGAUUUUCAGCAAAGGACCAGAGGUGAUGUCGUGUAAGGGGGGCAUUGAUCUUCGUUGAGGAUGCGACCAUUCAGUUGGAUUAAAUUUGAAGCCCGGUGGUUGUGUGACGCCUUACGGCUAAGGGCGCAAACGACGUCUACUUGUUUACGGCCCCCUACCUGCGCUGAUCAAGCUUACUUCAUUAGAGGUUAUUUACUAAAGCUAUUAUCACGUUGGAAUUUUGGGAGUGGCGAGACUUCGAACACCCGGCGCAGUUUCAUCGCAAAUGUGGGGAAGGUCCGAGGGGGAAGGGAAGGACCUAAAGGUCCUAGCGGCGGUGGCAGCGGGGGAUCUGGCAGCGUCUUGCACGGUGCCGGAACGAGUGGUGAAACUUCUGCAACAGACGCAAAGGUUCUUAACGAGUCAAUCGUAGCUCAUAUUGCACGUCGUUACGGAUAUCGCGACACUACGGCGGCAACCUUGAGCCGGCAAUCUGUGCAACGAGUGUUAGCUCUGCGUCAGUGCGUGCCGUUACUUGGAUUCGCUGGUGUUUGUCUAGUAGAUAAGCCGACCGUGAUAACGCCCGAUGAAGAACUCGAGGGAGUCUGUGUUGAGAUUAGGAGAAUUUUCGACAAGAUCAAUUUUGACAUCUUCAACCGCCAAAUUUUGCCGGUCCCAGCAGAUAGACCAGUAAAUCUCUCAAAUUUCAAGCUGGGUAGUCCAAUUGCGAAAGGAUGUAAUGCUGUUGUUUAUUCUGCAAAAUUACGAGAGGAGCAAGAAUCGGACGAGAGGUCAUCAGCUUCUAGCGACUUUCAACGCAUUCCUACCAUUGAGGAAGAACAGUUAGACGCCGACGAUUCUAAAUCCUCACCUUUGUCUUCAUCGCCUCCCAGAAAGUACGCAGCAGAGCUGGAGGCUCCAGCCGGAAGUAUCAACACUUUCGAACAGGAUGUGCCAUCAGGCCCUCUAGGCGUUUACAAUCUCGCCAUGAAGAUGAUGUUCAAUUAUGAUGCUGAAAGUAACGCUGCAGCUAUCUGGCAGUCGCUUAGCCGCGAAUGUGCUCCCCUACAAACGGCGUCUUUCGGACAGCAGAAUUCGCUGAAUGAGUCACCCCUGGCCAGUCGGGAGGCAAAUUUACCACCCCAUCCUUGCAUUGUCGAUGUAAAGGCGGCGUUUGUCGACCGUGUUCCUUUGUUACGCGGUGCUACCCAACUAUACCCAGUUGCUCUACCGCCUCGUUUACACGAGCACGGUAUUGGACGCAACGCUACCAUGUUCCUUGUUAUGAAAAGGUAUCACUGCAGUCUACGGAGCUACUUGCGGAGUGGGACGAUUGAAAGAUCGAACAGACCAGAGCAUGUCCGGCUUUCGCUUUGCGCGCAGCUAUUCGAGGCGGUUGCACAUCUCGUAUCUCAUGGUAUAGUUCAUAGGGAUAUGAAAUCAGACAAUAUUCUUGUGGAGUUGCCAGGAAAAACCGGGAAAACUGCUUAUACUGAACCGAGGAUCGCGCUUUCCGAUUUCGGUUGUUGUCUCAUUCCUGCUGACUGUAUUUCACCACUCAAACUAUCGUUCGUAUCCGGGCAGGUUUCAAGGGGAGGCAAUGUAGCACUAAUGCCUCCUGAAGUUCAGUUGGCCAAACCUGGCCUGUUAAGCUUCAUCGACUACUCGAAAGCCGACCUUUGGAGUGCUGCCACUCUUAUCUACGAAGUCUACGGUCAGCGAAAUCCGUUCUUCGAGGGUAUGCUGCAUCCACGAACGUAUAUGGAGUGUGACCUACCUGUUCUGGAUAAAGCGCCCCUCGAACUCCGCGUGCUCGUUACCGCUUGCCUUCAACGCGAACCAUCGAGGCGGCCGACCCCGGCAGUCGCUGCCACGGUCCUACAGCUGAUGCUUUACGCGCCCACUCGACUUUUGAAAACUACAUUGAGUCAGCACCCUUUUCGCGCCCUAAACGUUCGUGAUGUUGUCGAGUGGCUAUGUGAUAUGUCGGUGGACUCGUUGUUCGCAGCACGUCGCGAGGAGGAUAGGGAGAAACCAUGCUCAGCUGACCAGAUGUUAAAACGUACGUUUCUCGGAAGAGUUCAACUAAGAACGGUUAUUGACGCAUUGAAAUUCAUAUACGAAGCUAGGGAGGCGGCAGAAGUAGACAACGACGAGGUGGAAAUGGUAGCACACGACAUUAUUGAGCAGCGGGAGAAAAUUUUAGCAGAAGUAGAAAAGAAGUAUGCUGCCUAACGAAUAUGAUGCAAUGGUAACAAAUGUUUAGAUAAAUACGAAAAAUAUUUGUUUGGGUUACUGGAGACACAUCAAAUAAACACUUCGCUAAUCGGUUGUAAACAAAUAAAGGCUAAGCACCCAUAGUAAGCAGGUAAGCAAGCAGAAACAGUCGAAAGAAACCCAGUGGUGAUUUAAUAUUUGUAGCUUUUCGGUGUACGAUGAUAGUGAGAUGAAAAAUGUAGUGGAUUCAAACGAUGAGCUUCACGCGCAACUGCCCAAAAAAACGAAGAUUCGUUGUAUUUGUGCUAAGAGCGAAUCCAAUACAGUGUUGAUGACAUACAAACCAUAUUCACACUAUGAAAUUAGACUAAUAAUAAUAAUACUAUGGAAAGAUGGAAAAGGAUUGUGUUUUGUGCCCAAUUAGUUUAGCGGUUGCCGUAGCUAGAAGUUUUUCGGCAUGUUGCGUAAAUUUUAUUUAGUGUUCACUGGAGCGUGCUAACGGGCUUUUGACCUUCAUCGACGACAUUUAUAGAAAAUAGGGGUAUCAUUUGGAAACGUACAUUUUUCAUUCCUACGUUGUACAACACCUUCGUCUUAACUACAUUCUUAUUAUUAUUAUCCGGGCGUUACCUACAUUAGUAGUCGUCGUCAUGCGAGAAAGCGAAUGAAAGUGUACGUAAAUAAAUAUAGGAAAAUCUGAUUAGAGGCGGACCAUACUGGCCGAGCCAAAUUCAGCGCAGGUCUCGGUUUGUAAAGGUUGAAAGCAAAAAAGAUUGGCAGGCAGAGCGACUAAAUAUGGGCAUCGAUAUCGUACCGCUGACGAAUCGUUGUCUUUGCCAUUUUGUUUUGCAAUCAGAUCGAUAAUUUCCUAUUUUCCUCUUACCGCCGUGUCUUCCGGAUUCCUGGGAAAAAAAUCGAUGAGUUUUGCAUUUUAAUAUUUAGUAGGGUCUGCGUAGGGCCUCUUGCUAACAAAACGGGGUCUAGUAAUUUAAUUAACUAAUUAAUAGUAGUGAGAUAAGAACAUAUGUCAUUAUCUUAACAGAUACUUUUAUUCAAGCCAUCUUGAACUUUUUUUUCAUUGUAUAUAACUACUUGCAGCAAUAGCAGCUUAAUAACAAUAAAAAGAAAGAAAAUCUUAUAAUAUACAAAAUAAUAAGAAAUAAACUUACCAAUUGCUUAACCGGUUCA